AUGGCAAGGUGCCCCAAACAGAGGAAAAAAGCCGUCAUUGCGGCAGUGUCCGCAUAUUUGGAGCUCUUGUUCAAUUUCAUCAAUCUCCUUCUACGAUAUUAUGAGGCAUUAGAAUCUGAACACGAGCAGGCCGUAGAACAUGUUUCAUCUUGGGAGACGCCAAUUGCUAGACAAUUAGCUAGGAAUUCUUUUAUGCGGUGUAUUGUUUCUCAUGGCGACAUAUCUUGCACCAUGCUUGUUCGAAUGAAUUGUAGGACUUUUCAGAAGCUUUGGAUGCUUCUUAGAGAUGAGGGAGGACUUAGGUGUAGUUGGAACAUUGAGAUAGAUGAAAUGGUUGCGAUCUUCCUCUACACCAUAGCCCAUAAUGAGAAGAAUCGUCAACUGCAAGCUACCUUCCGCCGUUCAGGAGAAACAAUUUGUAGGGUGAUCAAAUUGGUCCUGCGUUCGGUUUUGAAACUUCACUCUAUCCUACUUCGUAAACCCAAGCCGUUGGAAGGUUUGUCACAAGAUCAAGUUAUAUCAGCUGCCUUGAUUCUUGUCAAGGAGGAUAGAAUUGCCCAGUUGUACUACCAACUUCCCACAGAUGAAGAGAAGCUUGCCUUCCUCUUUCGUCUCAUCAACUGA